UCGACCGAGUCAGUUGCCACCAUGGAGCCUCUAUGGCGGCGCGGUUUUCUGUUUUCUCUGCUGUUCCUUGGAUUGUUGUCCGGUGCAGUUCCCGAUGACAUAGGUGGAUCCUUCUAUCACAACCACACUAUCCGUCUGUCGGGAAGUCCGUACAACGUCACAAAUGACAUCAUCGUCGGCGAGUCGGCAACCCUGACGGUGGAGGCGGGGGUUCGGCUGCUGUUCCCGGAGGGGGUCGGCAUGACUGUGUGGGGACGGCUGAUAGCUGUGGGCACUCCUGAACAAAGAAUCAUCUUCGACCGGAAGUGGAACCCUCCCGACGACCAAGCUAACAACGUGACACGUGACCACGACAUCCGGCUGCUGGGUCCUACCGUGUUUGAAGGACGUGUUCAGGUCAAACGUGACGGGAUGUGGGGUUCUCUCUGCCUGUCAAGGGGGUCAUGGAGGAGCUCAGAAGCAACUGUGGUUUGUCGACAACUGGGGUUCGCAACCGGGCGAGUGGAGAACAAGUACCAGUUUGGCACAGGACGCAUGGCUGUGUGUGACCUGGAGUGUCUCGGCAAUGAGACCAACAUCUACGAGUGCAACCACGAUGACCUUGACUCACCACCUCAAUGUCGCCAGGGCCGAUACCGAAGAGAUCUCGGUGUGGUAUGUGAGGGAUUGAAUCACAAAGGGAACGUCUAUUGGAAAGCAAUAGACAUUCGCACAACCAAUGAAGCUAUGACGUCCAUACUAGACAAUGUAGACAUAUUCCAUGCUGGAGGAGAAAACCCAAACGCAGAGAGAGUCGCUAUUAUCAGCACGUCGGUCCCCCCUCUGCUACACAACGUCAAUAUCAAGUACUCUGGAGACGCAGCUGUCAGAGUUGAUGACUCUACUACUAGUUUUAAAAUGGCAAAUUGUGUCAUCUCAGAGAAUCAGGGAGCCGGGUUGAUAGUGAAGAAUCCUUCAGCAAACGUGACCAUUGUCUCCAGCACCUUCAGUAAGAACUCCCCAGUAGGAAUGCAGGUUACCGGAGGACCAACAAGAUCAACCCUCCAGAUCACUGUCAGCACGUUUGAACAAAACAGUGGUGCCGGCCUGAUGCUGUCUGAAGUCCCUAUGACCGUGGACAUACGUGAGUCCAACUUCAGCACAAACUCGCAUUACGGACUCAGUGUCUUCACCACAACCCUUGUCAAUCUUGUGACCGAAAGUUGUCACUUUGAUCAUAACGGUCUAGACGGUUUCCAUGCCCGAUAUCUUGGCGUGUCGGACAAUAAAAGUCACACAAUCUUGCGUAAUGGUGUGGCGAAAGGUAAUGUUGGUACUGGAUUUGAUCUGGAAAUAGAAUACGAGGAAUACCAGAAUAUCAUAUCUUCAUCGAUUUUAGAUCAAAUCACCAUAGACCAAUCAGACUUCGCCUCCAAUGAGAACGGCUCAGUCAUGAUAACCGUUGGCAACUCUUACGAGGAUCGUUUCCCGGUCGUCCAACUCACAGGCGGAGUUUUUGAAGACAACUCAGCGACGAUCAUCGAAGUUGGCGGGACUAAAGCGGAGGUUACAAUCCAGGACAGUGAGUUUAACUCAAGUCAGUGCGGCAGUAAGUCGGUCAUCCAUGUACAUGGGUAUGACAAGACUGCGAAUAUUACAGGGAAUAGGUUUGGCAGCAAUGUCUGUCGACGGGUGGUGCUAUUCAACACGACCGAUGUGUCUGCCGACGUUCUCCCUCUUGUUGUCGAAGGUAACGUGUUUGAAAACAAUGAGUAUGAACCACAGUCACUGGCCCACAUCUCGGAUCCGCUGAAUGAGUACUGCACAAUCGAAGUUGUAGUAUCAGGAGAAGAACAUACCAUCACCCGAAAUUCGUUUCUCAAUAGUCCAAAUGGUUUAGAGCUUUGCAGCAGUGAUGGUUCUCUUCCAUUGGCUAUGAAUCAGAUUGCAGCAGAAAACAAUUGGUGGGGAACAACAGAUACCAAUUCAAUAAAAGGGAAGAUAUUUGACAACAAUGAUUGGUACAGCGGAGGCUUGGUCAAGUUUUCCUCGUAUCUAGACUCGCCCUCAGGCAGUUCUAUAAGCACUGUACACACAGAAACCAUGACAGCCUCGUCUUUAGGCGGCCGUCUGAAUGGGACAUUGCACAUAACCACCUCCGAUAGCCCCGUCACCCUGACACGGGACCUCACGAUCUUACCGGGCUCUGUUCUCAGUGUCCAAGCAGGAGUUGAGUUCCGUGUACAGGAACGUGUUGGCAUCCUCAAUCUGGGGAAACUGCAGUUAGACGGACUACCAUCAAGUCCUAUAACAUUUGAUGUCACCCGUAAAAGCGUGUCGAACCGAACGAUUCCAAUUCGGUUAACGGGAGGCUCCAGCCCCGGGCAGGGGUGGCUAGAAGUGCAGUACUCCGGACAAUGGAUUCCUGUGUGCUGGGACUGGCCAUUGAAUUCAUACCUCGAGUUCGCAACGAUCGCCUGCCGGCAGUUGGGGCUUGGUUCGUACAAGUCUGCAACGUCUGGCUACGAGCCCUCCAAUCGAAAUUGGAUCACUAUCAGGUGUGAUGGAUUCGAAGACAACAUCGGAGAAUGCAGCUUACAUCAUGAAAAUAGAUGCGGAAGUGAUACGUAUAUGUACAGGCACCUGAAGUUAACUUGUGACCCCACUCCCGGCUGGGGAGGCAUUGUCUCUUUGUCGGACCAAACUUUUGAGUUACAUGACGUCAACAUUUUUCAUGUCGGACACCUGCAUCGACACAAGGCGCCUGGUCUUUCUAUGCAAGGGUCUCAAUCACCGAACGUUGUAACAAACGUCUUAAUGGAGCACCUAGCUGGGGGUCGGUCUGGAGUAGAGUACUUAGCUUUGCAACGUUCCCAACCUGAUACCCUACUGCAGGGAUUAACGUUGGUCAAUUCUGGUACCAGGGAUGGUGUUGGAAUCGAUGUUAAAAGUUUGAACUCGCUAUCGUGGUGGGAACUUGAAGCAUAUGCCGGCAGUCGAUUUGUCCCUCUGAUAAGAAUGUGCUCGUUACCGACUUCUCUUCUACUUGUGGAAGGUCAGUCAUGGUGGAUCGUAAAUGGCAUCAAGAAGAAAGCGAGGCUUCAAUGUCUUAGAACUGUAAGGGCCACAGAAGGGUAUUUCGUUCGUCUUACUGUAACAAGGAGUAGUUUCAGCAGCCCGUCAUCAAGAAAUAGCCUCACUGUUUACGAUUCAUAUGAACCAGAUGAAGCCUUCAAAGUUGGAUCAGUGGAUUACUACAACCAAGUCAGCUCUUCAGGACUCCCUCAAGUAUUCACAUCGACUAACCCCGUUAUGACGUUAUCUUUAAAAGCUUCUAGUUCACAAAAUGUGUUCUUUGUGGCAAGGUUGGAUGUAAUUGGACCGAGCAGUAACUCCACUAACCCCGUCAGUACGACAACACUUCGUAUAUCAGACUGCAGUGUAAGGAACUUUUACUAUGGGAUACAGAUAAAACAGUCGGAGUCAAACAUUCAUAUAGAAAACAGCCUAAUCUCAGCGGGCUUUGAAAACCAUCGUUAUGGCAUCUUCAUCACUUCAUCAAGCGGCGACAUCACCCUGUCCGAUGUACAUGUUGCUUAUAAUUAUUACGGGAUAACAGUCUCCAGCAUUGAUGGUACCGUAAACAUGAGCAAUAUACUGGUCCAUUCCAACAGCUAUGGGGGUUUGCUUCUGCAAAAUGUUCAUGGGUUAACUACACUAACAGACGUGACUGUGACGAAAAAUGGAUUGCUUAGUAGUUAUGUCCGCAAUGAUUAUGGAAUCAAAAUACAACACGUAAGCACUCAACACGGCUCGUACUACCUUUCGAACAUAACGUGUAGAGACAAUAACUGGUACGGUAUAGAUCUGGACCUGUCCCAUGACACACAGGUGGGAAUAUACGACAGUCACAUUGACGGAAAUAAAAGAGGAGGAAUACGUGUUAACACUGGAGCAGGCCAGUCGGAUCAACAUCCCACCGUUGGAAUACACAACAGCAAUAUCACGGGAAAUGAACGGUAUGCACUGCAGGUGACGGGCAGGCAGAGGGCAUUUGAUUUUGUAGGCAAUGCAGUAUCUGGAAACAGAUGCCCGUAUCAACCAGCUCUAAAACUGGACGGACAAGCACAAAAUCUCAGUUUUAUAUCUAAUACCGUACUUAACAACAGCGCAAGGGAAACUCUAUCACUUGCUAUGGCUAUUUUUCAGUCCCUAAUCCCUUUUGAAAUCCAAAUCGAAAUGAACAUAUUUGAAGGGAAUUUCUUUGACCCAUCACUAAGUGACAAAAAUCAGUAUAAGCAACAUACUGCCAACACGUCUUGUACCAUUGAGAUCAGCGGAUAUAAACGAAGCAUCCAAAUGCACAGGAAUAUCUUAGACAAUCCCAACAUGGACUACACCGUAUGCAGCAGGAUUCACACAGACACCCCUUAUUGGACUAUCGGGGCAAGUCACAACUGGUGGGGGACCACCGUUGAAACUGAGAUUCGAGACAAGAUUUCUGACUUUGACGACUGGGACGACCGCGCACCUGUAGAUUACUUCCCGUACCUGACAGGCCCUGACUUAUCCUCUCCACCAGCUGAUCCCUUCAGCCGGGAUGUUACCAUGACAACUGACAAUAUCGGAGGCAGACUGUACCAUCCACUGCAUCUACAAAAGGAUGGGAGUCCCUACAUUAUCAAAGCGGAUUUAACUAUAUUGACAAAUGCCUCACUUACAAUAGAUCCGGGGACUACUAUAAAGGUGUACCCAUGUAUUGGCUUAUCAAACCUUGGCUCUUUUGUUGCCCAAGGAACAAGUACAGAACCGAUCCUCUUUGAGCUUGCGGACUUGGACGUGCCCAUUCACCAACCCCAGGUCCGGCUGGUGGGAGGGCGGUACCCUUGGGAAGGCCGUGUGGAGGUGUUAUAUAACGGAGAAUGGGGAACUGUCUGUGGGAGGCUCCACUGGGACUCAAGAGACGCAGAUGUUGUUUGCCGUGAGCUUGGGUAUGGACCGUCUACAAUGUAUAAAACGUACUCCUUUGAACAAGGAUCGGGAACUAUAUGGAUUGGCUGGUCCGGCAGUAGUCCAGAAUGCAAUGGGAAUGAGAUGAGUAUAUUCAAUUGCCUUAGUGGCACACCUGGUAAUGCGUACUCGGGCUGCACACAUACUUACGAUGUUGGAAUAAGAUGCAAUAUGAACACUCCGGUGUCGCCUCGACUAAGAUGUAAAACCAAAAAGUGGGGAGGAAUUACAUCCAAUUCUGCAACCACUGCGGUCCUUACAAACGUGAAUUUCAGCAACACAGGCAAUCUGCAUGGGCGUUCACACGCAGCUAUAUCCAUCCAAGAAGCGCAGGGUGCUACAAACAUUUCUAACAUUGAAAUAUCAGAGUGUAUGGGGACUGGAAUACAGAUAGGAGGAGGCAAAUCAGCAACAACUAUCAGGAGUGUGAACAUUUCUCGUUGUAACGGAUAUGCGGGCGUCUCCCUCGGCAGGUCUGGUGUUAUUACAUCAACAAAUAUUCGCAUCACCGACAGUAUCUUUACAUCAGGGUCAUUUGAAAUCACACCACACACUUGUAUGGAUAAUUAUGGAUCGAUUAUGAGUCUAUGUGCAGAGGAGCCUGAUCUCCAUAUCAAGAAUAACAUGUGCUUUAUGGAGACAGGAAGGACCAAUUCAUGGCUUUCAUGCAAUAGACAUCUGUACGCAAGUGAGGGUAUUACGGUUGAACUCAUUAUCUCAUUCGUUCAGUUUCAAUAUUCCUAUUCGAGUCUACGGGUCUAUGCCGACAACAGACAAACGCAACAAAUUGGACAGGUCACCCGAUCGGACAACGGCAAAACAUACAUUCGGUUUGUAUCCCAGACGACAAUGAGUCUAUACUUCAGAUCUUAUUACAAUGCGGCUGACCAGAUCUUUGGAGAGGUCAUGGUCUAUAACGAGACAGGUGCUGUAGAUCGAACGUACAUUAUCGAGGACAGCAUGGUGGAGAAUACCGUCGGGACAGUUAUUAACGUCACCGCAUCAAACGGCACAAUCUUCGACAUCCAACGCAACAUGUUUCUGGGUAACCAACCUCAUACUGGUGAUAACGAGCAGGCUGUGGUCAGCAGUGUUCUGACUGACUCCUUUAUCAGUGUAAGAAACAACUAUAUGGCUAACAACUUAAUGAAAGGCCUAUCAAUCGACCUUACAAACCAGAAAGCUGGAAAUAUAACAGUUCUAGACAACCAUUUCUUCAGGACCACAGGCGAGUCUGCAAUAAUGGUGACAGGAAACAGCUACAGUACGACACAGCAACCCAUACUGGUAGACAGCAACGUCUUCUCAAGCAAUGACGUCGGUUUCUCAGAAAGUAUAGUGAAGUUUGAGAAUGUUGAUGGGCAAUUGGACAACAACGUUUUCUUUAACAACUCGGGACACCACGUUGUCAGUUGGGAAGGACGAAGCAGAACAAACAGUCGACAGAUCUGUGAGAACAAUCUAUUCUACGACAACAUCGCACUGACUCCAGGGGAGAAGUAUACCAUUGUUGUCUCGGGACGAGAUGUUCAACUGCAUGGUAAUGUUCUCACUAACCCGGCGAACGAUGCUGAGCUGGCAACGCCGGACAGGACCGGGUAUAAUUACUCCGUAAAUGCUACUCAGAACUGGUGGGGAUUUAACUCCGCGUCUGACAUAUCCUCAAGAAUCAGAGACAAGAACGACCGGCAGUACUGGGCAGAGGUACACUUUCAACCAUGGGCACACGAGAGCAUAACUGAUGGUCCCUGCCGUUUAGGAUGGACAUACAGCAAGACGUUCAGGGCCUGUUACAGGUACAUGGGCGGAGCACAGUCUUGGGACAGCUCUGUGCAAUCCUGUCAGGCUCAGUAUUCGGUGCUGUCCAAGAGGUUUGCUGGUUCAGAGCUAGAGAGAAACUUCAUCGACACCUUGCUGAUCGCACGAAACGUACACUUUGCGCCGGAUAUACCGGUCUGGAUAGACAAACAAAUACAGCAGGAGCUGGAAAACGUACCAGCGAACUGUCAAAUUUAUCUUCGAGAAUCCGGAUCCCGUGAGGCUGUUCAAGACGAAUCUUGCAACUCUUUCUUCCCCUACAUCUGCAAGCAACCUGUUGUUGAUGAAUGCCUGAACUCCUGCUCUCACCACGGACUUUGUGAAGGGCAAACCUGCAUCUGCGGACGAGGCUGGGAGGGAGAGGACUGUUCUACAUUCACCUGUAAGGACAGGAAUUUCUGUGGAGAGUUUGGCACCUGCGUAGGGCCAAAUAUCUGCAGGUGCAGGAAUGGAUGGCAGGGGCGAGCAUGCACAGUCAGCUACUGCAACAGGUUCACCAGCUGCAAGUCCUGUACAAGUGCGGUCGGUUGUGGAUGGUGCGAGAAAAGACAAAGCUGUGAAUCCGGGCUGUACGAGGGACCAGACAUAACUGGAUGUACAUCGUGGUUCUACCAUAGCUGUUUCACUGUGGGGAAAAGGGAUCGAUGCUCAAGCCAAAUAGAGGUCAUGGACUGUGAGCAAUGGCAAUGUAACCCUUCCCUCUCCACAACUACCGUGGAAUCCUGUCUAAGAUGUCAAGAUAUAGCAGGGUGCUUCAAGGACGUGGACAAAGACUAUUGCAGCGUGUGGAAUGAAGAUCGGUGUCCUAAGGGUUUCAUCCACCCACUGUACAACGACACCACGCGUAUUGAGAAGAUUCUGAUCGGCCACAACGUGAAGUACGUCCCGUCAGACGACAACAUCUUGUACCGGUGUCCUGUCCGCUUCUCCAGCUGGGGAGCCACCAUGUUUGUGAAUGAAGGGAACCUGGACAUCCGGAUCGGCCAGGUGCUGUCCAGUCCUCAGGCAAACGGUGUACUACAUAAGGUGGAACAAGUGACGAAGACUGGCGAUUACACCGUGACAGUAGCACACCCCGCCACUCUGGAGGACAUGCUGGAUUACAGUGACUUCAGCCAGGAGGUUCAGCUGGAGAUGGCUGUGGACAUGAAGAGGAAUGAGGGAGUUCCUGAACUGUCUGUGGUGGAGAGGGUGCUGAGUGGAAACGGGACACUGGAUGGAAGCGCUGUUCGUGUUAUCACGGAAGAUGUCUCUGUGUACAAGUGCAUUGGCGCCCGGGCUACGAAUGAAGGAGAAGGCAGCUACCACCUGCUGAUGAGAGACAUCCCUGAUCAAGUAUCAGUUGGUGACGUCAUUGUCAGUAACCACAGCAACGGAAUAUUGGAGCAGGUUAUCCAGCAAACAACGACACCUCAAGGAGUUUUCAUACAGACCCGGCUGCAGGACUGCUUUAGAAUGUUUGCCUUCCGGGAGGAACUGAGGACAGCGGACGGGACAACCCUUCCCGCCUCCCUGCCGUGUUCGGGCGGACCGGACGGGGCACACGGGCUGCUCAUCGUAGACUCUGCCGGACAGGAAGUGGACCUGGAGAUUGGCGAUGCCGUGGUGGGGAGAAGGAGUGGCAGGUUGCUGGCGAAAGUUCUGAGUAUCACCACUGCUCUAGAGCAAACGUUAGUGGAAGUGGAGCCUAUCCUGAGCAGGUCUACCUUGGCAAUGGCAAUGGCACCAACAAGACGACGACGACGUGAGGAUAUCACCAUAUCUCCACCUAGACAGCGUUUGGACAUCGUCAUCGAAGAUGAGUUCUCGAACGUCACAGAUAGUUAUAGUAUCAAACUAUAUACAAGUGGGGAGCUCUCAGGUGGAAUCAAGCUUUCGCUUGCAGUUUCGAGGUUAAAGUCUCAAACACCUACGCUUGAAAAGGCCGAAGCUUUUUUCGUCGGUGCAGAGCUAAAAGUAGGACUGGAAGGCUCCCUGGACGUUUCGGAGAGGGGGGUAAAUACCACAGGCGCUUUUCGGACGGAAUUGUCUCCAAGCUACGCCUCCCUGUGUGUAAACGAGAUACUGUGCAUACCUGCUAAAAUAUGGGCGGACAUUGUUACAGAGUAUCAAAUCUACGCCGAGGGUCCAGGCAGCAUAGAAAUGGCCUCCAACGUGGAAAAGCCAGAUAUUGACGGCGGUGGAAGCUGGCAGCCACAAGAAGGAAGCCAACGGUUCAAGUUUGUCCAGAACAACGAAUCCAACAGUGCAGAUAUCGAGAUAUCGUCUUUCUCUGGAACUGCAACUGAAAGUGACCAUCUCAUCAGAUUGGAGCUAAAGGCGAAACCAACAUUUUUCAUCGAGUUUCCAACAUCUGGAGAAAGUGGCAAGGAUGAAUGGACGAUACCAUUAGAUAUAUCUGAUGAAGAGGACGGUUUUGGAUACUUUAUCACAACAUCCAUUCAAUCAGAAGCUCUCCUGCGUGUAUCAGCCCAGUCAUGUUCCACCGAAUGCCCAUAUUCAGACAGACCACAGCACGUUGGGGUCGCCUCAUCGUUGGGCUAUCUGAAAGGGGCAUUCAACGUAAUAGCAGGAAACAACGAUUACUAUCAGGAUCAGAUAUGGAGACGCGAGGAGUGGAUGGAUUCCGAUCGAGAUUGUACAGCACAGCCAUCAAGUAUUUGUGCGGACUCAUGUUCAUGCCCAGAUGGAGCAACUGGGACGCCACACCCAACUAUCGAGGAUUUCUGCAUGUGCCCUUGUAACUGUACAAGUAGGAAUAUAAGCUUCACGCACCCAGACAUUUCUGGUGACGGAUGCAACUGUAAUGUGUGCCCCGAUGGAGAGUUCGAAACGGUCAAUAGUCAGGGACAUCUACACUGCCCAUGUCUAUGUCCUGACAACAGCCCAUCGGAACUGACCAGCACUGGAAAAUGUGACUGUUCCUGCACCUGCGCCGAUGGUAGCAGGGAUGUAAAGAUGAGUGAUGGUACCUGUCCGUGUAGGUGCACAUGUAACAACUGCCACGAGUCGGUUCUCGGUCCUCAAGGCUGCAUCUGUUCUGACAGCUGUCCUGACUGUGAGAAUGACGAGGAACCUGUGUGGCAAGACUGCGUCUGUAAGUGCCCACAGAAGACAGAGUGCGGGAUCCCACCUACAUGUGUGGUGGGGAGGAUGGGGCCAGACUGCAGACAGCCAGACUGCAGGCCAUGUCAAGGCUGCUCCGGGAACGGCCGAUGCACCACAUCAACAGACAGCUGUCCGUCAUAUUGUGUCUGCUCGCGUCAGUGGUUCGGCGACUGUUGCGAGCUACGCCGUCCUCGUCCCAUUGGAGGGGACCCUCAUCUUCAGACAUUAGAUGGGAUAUCAUACGACUACCAUGGCAUUGGUGAGUUCUGGGACUGCAAAAGCGUGUCCAACGACUUCGGCGUUCAAACUCGAAUGUACGCGUACGAAAGUGCUUCUCUGAUUGGAGGGAUUGCAGUCAAGGCUGGGCACAGCGUUGUCACUCUGAUGGCAGUACCGAAUGCAACGGAAAAUGUUCCAAAUAUUAGGAUUGACGGUGAACUGCACCAACUUUCUGUUGGAGAGAAAUAUCUUCUGAACAAUGGGACAAUACAUCUGCUCGCCCAGAAACCAUCUACAAAUGCUACGGAGUCAGGGGCUGUUAUCAUCAUAUCUGUUACGUUUGCUUCAGGAGCAACUGUGUCAUUUGAUGUUCGGUACUCACCAAAGAUGGGCCGGCAGUUUGUGAACAUUCUGUUCAGCCCCACUGCCACGUUCAAGGGUAACACGGAGGGGCUGUGUGGGCUCAUGGAUGACGAUGAUGCCAAUGACUUCACUGGUCCAGACGGUGCAGUCUACAACGACUCUUCUGUAUUUGCUGAAACCUGGCGAAUCAACAACACCCACCACGGCUCCGGUCUGAUCGGGUCCUGGUCCUGGAACUCUUCGAAUUUCCAUCCUGAUGAUGUCAUGGAUUCUGCUUAUUCUGACCCGGCACACCGCCCUUCUGUGGGCAUAGAUGGCCUGACACAAGAGCAAAAGGAAAAAGCUGAAGAGAUGUGCAUCGCCCUCGGAUUGACUGGCACUCUUUUGAAUGAAUGCAUCUUUGACGUGUCAAUCACCAACGACACAACAUUUACUGAACAGGAAGUUUUCAAAGGUUGCCCAAACCAGUGUUCCGGUAGGGGUCGCUGUGUAAACGGAACCUGUGACUGCAUAACGGGCUGGUCUGGUGAAGACUGUAACCUUGGAAACUGCACAGACUGCUCCGAGGAUCACGGCAGGUGUGAGCUGGGGUUCUGUAGGUGUGAGCCCGGAUGGGAGGGAGCAGCCUGUGACCAACAAGCGACAUGUUAUGCUGUACAAAACUGCACCAGCAUAGAUCAUGGGAUCUGCAUAGCGACAGAUGUCUGCAGCUGUAAACCAGGCUACAUCGGUGAAGACUGUAGCAAGGUGCCCACAUGCGGAAACGUUGCUAACUGCUCAGACCAUGGAAUUUGUGUGGACUUCGACACCUGUUUGUGUGAUGAGCAGUGGACAGGCGACAAGUGUGACCAGUUCUCGUGUGCAGCAUUGGAUCACUGCUCUGGGCACGGCCACUGUGUGGACAUAGACGUCUGCUACUGUGAGCAGGGCUGGACGGGUAGCUCCUGUGUCACACCGGACUGUCCUGCAGUCAACCAGUGCUCCCGCCAAGGAGACUGUAUCGGUCCGAACGUUUGCCAGUGUUACAGCGGAUAUCAAGGUCUGAACUGCGCCCAAGCCCAAAGCUGCCCUGAGUUGCAAGAAUGCAAUGAAAAUGGGGCUUGUGUCAUCAGUUCUGAAGGGCAAAAGGAAUGCCACUGCUUUUCAGGGUUCAGUGGUGCCAGUUGUGAUCAGCCCGACUGCGCUGAACAGAAUAACUGCACUGACCAUGGCAGCUGCAUAGAGCCCAACCUGUGUCAAUGUGACAGUGGGUAUACCGGAUAUGACUGUGCUAAUUUCUCUUGUGAAGCACUGAGGUACUGUUCUGGCCACGGAAGCUGUGUGAGCUUCGACACGUGCAGCUGUGCUCCUGGCUGGUCAGGCAGUUCCUGUAACAUUGCAAACUGCAGCAGCAAGAGUGACUGCUCCAGCCAAGGCACCUGUGUCGCCCCAAACGCAUGCGAAUGCUUCCCUGGGUUCCAAGGGGAGGACUGCAGUGAAGAGAACUUGCCAAAUGAGAACCCGCCCAUAUUCCAGCAGGACAGAUACGAUGCCAUUAUUGCCGAAAACCAGCCCAUUGCCUCGCCGAUACUCACAGUUUUUGCAAAUGACACUGACAGUGGACGUAACGGUGAGGUCAGGUACAGGCUUGUCCAAACAGGUUUGGAUGAUGAAAACUUUGCAGUGCAUCUUACUUUGGGUGUCAUAACUUCAGUCGUUGAGUUUGACCUGGAAUCGUUGGAGCGCACUUCGUUCAGUAUCAUCGUUGAAGCAUUUGACCAGGGGGUACCGACACUUACGGGGACAGCAACGAUAACGAUAAACAUAACAGACCAGAAUGACAACAAACCAGUCAUCAACAUUCCUCCUGACACUGAGUAUAACCUUCAAACCACCUCCCCCAUUGGCUUUCAUGUUACCACUAUCCAAGCUUCUGAUGCCGACAGGUCCGACGAUAACUCCAAAAUCACCUACGGGAUUGCAAGUCUCAGCCCCUUUGUUUCCAUAGAUGCUACAAAUGGUAGUGUAACCAUUAGAAGUGCCUUGGAAAGUGGUACCUACGUGGUCAGGGUCAGUGCAUCAGACCACGGUUCACCACCAAAAACAGAUGAAGUCAGUCUCCGUAUGAUCGUGACCAAAGUAAGCACCAACACAGCCCCACAGUGCCCAGAAGAUCAACGUCUUGAGAUUGCUUCUCACAAUCUUACAAGAGGGUCGACUAUCAUCACCAUAGAGGCAGAAGAUCUUGACAAUGGUCCAAACGGUGAAGUUUCCUACAGUUUUAAGUCCAAAACAGGAGAGCUGGCAAACCUCUUCAGCAUCAACCCUUCAACUGGUUGGAUCUACGUUAUGAGUGAAGUACCACAGUUUAAUGACAAUUCCUCAGUUGUUUCCAUGACAGUUGAAGUCAGAGACAACGCUGUAGAUUCCAUGUCCUGUGAAACAAAUGUCAUUGUAGUAAUAACUUUCCCUGAGUCUCCAACACAGCCAGACAAAACAGAAAGAGCGAGCACAACCGAAGAGUAUGAAAUAACGACACUCUCUGAAAGGUCUACUACUGGUCCUACAGCACAGCAAGAUACUACAACAGAGGAAGUUGAGAGCUCUGCCACAGUCCCUACAACAGAAAGAGCGACCACAACCGAAGAGUAUGAAAUAACAACACCUUUCAAAAGCUCUACCAUCAGUUCCACAACACAGUCAGAUACUACAACAGAGGAAACUGGGCGCUCCACCACCCUCCCUGCAACGGAAAGAACGACCACAACCGAAGAGUAUGAAAUAACAACACCUUUCAAAAGCUCUACCAUCAGUUCUACAACACAACAAGAUACUACAACAGAGGAAACUCAGCGCUCUACCACAGUCCCUACAACAGAAAGAGCAACCACAACCGAAGAGUAUGAAACACCUUUCAAAAGCUCUACCAUCAGUUCUACAACACAGCCAGAUACUACAACAGAGGAAGCUGAGAGCUCUACUGGCCUCCAUACAACAGAAAGAGCGACCACAAGUACCACCGGUUCUACAACAAAGUCAGACGCUACAACUGAGGAAACCGAAAGCUUUACCACCAUUCCUACAACUGAAAAGAGUGAAGGAAACACUGCAUCAACUAAAACUACCGACGACCUUCCGAUGGCACGUUCGUUCAGAGGUGUCAUGAAGGUUGUGAAUCGUGAUUGGAGGGAUGAACUGCAUAAUCAAGCAUCUGAUGAGUUCAAGACUUUGGCUGCAGAAGUCCAGGAAAACCUGGAUGCUGCCUUCAUCAAUAGCAGCCUUGGGAAUACAUACCACUCUGUUGAUGUCACCGGCUUUUCUCCCGGAAGCAUCAAUGUAAACUUCAUGGUUCAUUUCAACUCAACCACACCCAUUGCCAGUGAUCAAGUCCUGGAUGUGUUGGCAGGGAAGACAAACAUUGGUGAUCUGCAGAUAGAUCCCACAGUCACCAGCAUCACAGAGGUGAACAAGGCUAGAGAUGAGAAUAAUGUUGCAUGGUACAGCAACCCAGUUUACAUCUUACUCGUCUGUGUUGGUGCUGCAGUCGUCAUCACAUCUAUUGUGGUGCUGGUGAUCUGCUGCACUGCAAAGAGGCAUAGUCGCAAGAACGCAGUGGCUAGUCAAAAUCAGUGGCUUUCUGAAAAUGCAAAACGCCUGGCUCAACAGAGCAUGCUGAUUCCACGAGCGAGGAUCUCACAAGAGCCUGGGGGACAGACGUACCAGAACCCAGUGUACAAUGUCAACGAUUGAGAAGGAAGAUGUACAAAAUUAUUAAUGUUUGACCAAUGCUUCAGAAAACUAGUAACUCAUAGUGCAUUUAUUCCUGGAUUGCCUUAAUUUGUUAACUAAAUAUAUUAACCAGUGUAUAAAAGGGAUUAGGAAUAUAGUAUUUGUUGGAUGCUGUGUUUGUUUGCAAUCGUUAGUCAUACUAUUCUAGAAAAUAUUAUACGGUUUAAGUGGGAACUUGAAAGUUAUUUGUUGUGAAGGACAUUUAAGGUGUACAUGUACAAAUGUACUUGUGUACUGAUACAAAUGUAACAGCUAGGCAAUAUAGAUAGUAGUUGUUUUGUUUUUUGGAGAUACUCUUUUGUUUUACAUUUAAUAGUAAGCUUUUUUAUUGACAUUCUAUGAUGAAGGUUACAGUUUUUGUAUCAAUUGACAAAAUGUUACUGUAUGAUAUAUAGCGGCAUGUGCAGCACGUUGAUUUAUGUCCAAAGACUAAAAGAAUUUACAAAUUUUGCUUGCGUAACUGUUAGUACCUGGAUGUCUAACCUUCAUCAACAUACUGUAUAUGCUGUAUGUAAGUAUAGAGUAUGUAUUACUAGUAAUACAUAAUCUGGACAACAAUAACAUUGGGAGUAUGGGAGCCCCAGUAAACUAACUACAUGUAUGAUACUCAGGCUAAGGAAAUUUAUCAUGUGUUUCAAUAUAACAUAACAACCUUGAUUGGUAAAUGGCUUGUGGUUAUCACUUAUAAAUCAUUUGAACAAAUAAACAACAUUGAGUAAA